AUGUUGGACGCCUUUGAAGUUAUUACUACGUCCGGGGUGGUUCUCUGGUCAAAAACAUACGCUCCAGUUAGAACCCAUAUCGUUAACGCUCUGAUCAAAGAUGUCUUUAUCGAGGAGAGGACCGGGAUUGACCGAGCUGCUCGGAAGUAUAACAAGGAACAAUAUACCUUGAGAUGGACAGAGGCAAAGGGGUUCGGCCUUAUCUUUGUUGCAGUUUACCAGUCCCUCCUCCAUCUUAGCUGGAUUGACGACCUCCUGGAAAACAUAAAGACUAUAUUUUUGGGCCUAUACAAGGAACAGCUUAAAGGGUCGCAGUUCAGAGUCACCAACUACCCGUUCGACAAAUACUUCGAGCAACAGCUAAGGGAGCUUGAUCAGACAACGGAGCUUCCGGCCGAAGACAAACGUCAGCUUGGCGUAGAAAGCAAAAGGGAUGCACUUACACAGGCAGAUACAGGAGGGCCACCACCGCCGCCUGUUCCGGGGCUUCUUGCGGUGCAGCGUCAAGCUGCGCCGGCGACGGAGGUGCUUAGCGACAGCACCCCGUCUCAAACCCCAGAAACGUCUCGACCUGUUACUCCAAGCUCCCAGGUCCUCACCGCAAAAGCAGGGCCAGGAGGUCGCAUUUCUCGUCGUGCCCGCAAGGCCGCCAACGCCAACUCAAACCCUAACUCUGGCGCGGAGGAUAAGGGAAAGAAGUCAACUAAUGGCAAAUCUGGUGGAAAGAAGAUGAGAAAGUGGGGGCCAGAUGGUAUUGCAGAUGAAGAAAGUGAUGAAAUACUGGACUAUUCUGCAAAUGAUGCUGGUGCAAGUGCCACUGAAGACUUGCCUACGCCUUCAGUCGAUCCCAUCGACAGCGAUUCAUUCGGAACAAAGACGAAAAAGGGCCAGUUCGUUCUCAAGGAUCUCGGCGAUGAGAUUCAUUCCAUCCUUCAGACUGCAGAUGAAGAGAAGGCUAAAGCCAACGGAUCUUCUGCUGGCGUCGUCAACUCCAGCAUAGGCGCCAUCAGUAGCAUGUUCCGCAACGUGGUCGGGGGGAAGGUGUUGACCGAAGCUGAUCUGGUGAAGCCCCUGAAGGCAAUGGAAGAUCACUUGCUGAAGAAGAAUGUUGCUCGUGAAGCCGCUGUUCGCCUUUGCGAGGGUGUCCAAAAGGAGCUGGUAGGUAAGAAGACAGCCAGCUUCCAGAGCAUCGACUCCGCCCUCCGCGCGGGAAUGGAAUCAUCCCUUCGCAAAAUUCUUACGCCCACAUCCUCGCUUGAUCUACUCCGUGAAAUCGAGGUAGUCACCUCACCUACGAAUCGGCAACAGCCCCGAAGGCCAUACGUGAUCUCAGUCGUCGGAGUCAACGGCGUCGGCAAAUCCACCAACUUGAGCAAGCUGUGCUUCUUCCUGCUACAGAAUAAGUAUAAAGUCCUCAUCGCAGCCUGCGACACUUUUCGUUCUGGUGCAGUUGAACAGCUUCGUGUUCAUGCCAGAAAUCUCAAGGAGCUUAGCGCAAGAGAGAACGCUGGUCAUGUCGAACUUUAUGAAAAGGGCUAUGGCAAAGACGCAGCUAAUGUCGCUAAGGAUGCUGUCUCCUACGCCGCUACAAAUGACUUUGAUGUCGUUCUAAUCGAUACCGCUGGUCGUCGACACAACGAUCAAAGACUCAUGUCCUCCCUGGAGAAAUUCGCCAAGUUUGCUAACCCCGAUAAGAUUCUUAUGGUUGGAGAAGCGCUGGUUGGCACCGAUAGUGUCAUGCAAGCGCGGAAUUUCAACCAGGCUUUUGGUUCCGGCAGAGGCCUUGACGGAUUUAUUAUUAGCAAGUGUGAUACCGUAGGAGACAUGGUUGGUACUCUUGUCAGCAUGGUUCAUGCCACUGGCAUACCUAUUGUCUUCCUUGGUGUUGGACAGCAUUACGGUGACCUCAGGGGACUUAGCGUUCCUUGGGCUGUUGGCCUGCUCAUGAAGUAA